AUGGACUUUCUCGAGUACCCAAAAGCACUUAAGGAGGAUCGUGGCGGUCUGACUUCUGGUCGACUAAAGCUGGCCGAAACGCAGAUCAUCUUUAAGAACCACAAAACUGGAAAGAUUGAUACGCUCAAUUCAAAUGAUUUUAAAAAGAUCAGCUGGCAACGAUUAGGCGACAGCUUCGGAAUCCGCAUAAUGAUGAAGAGCGGCCAAGUCUUCCGUUACGGCGGAUUUAAAGAAAGUGAGAAGGAGAAAGUCGAAAAGUUUAUCAACAGCAGCUACUCAACUUCCCUUGAAACACAGGAUGCCUCGAUCAGAGGCUGGAACUGGGGCACUACCUCGUUUGAGGGAUCAGUGCUAAACUUUGAUGUGAAGAAGAACGAAAGAGCCUUUGAGAUACCACUCACUAACGUUAGCAACACUACGACUGCUAAGAAUGAAGUCACUCUCGAGUUUCACCAAAAUGACGACACUUCAGUCUCGUUGAUGGAGAUGCGUUUCCAUAUUCCCACCAUCGACGGAAUCGAUCCAGUGCAGGCUUUUAUGGAACAAGUCCUCCAAAAGGCGAAUAUCAUUCGAGAGACCGGCGAAUGCAUUGCUAUCUUCAAGGAGUUGCAGUGUCUCACUCCUCGUGGUCGCUAUGACAUCAAACUCUUUCCCACCUUCAUUCAAUUGCACGGCAAAACUUUUGACUACAAAAUUCCCAUCUCAUCGGUGUUGAGACUUUUCCAGCUACCUCACAAGGACACCCGCUCUGUGUACUUCGUAAUGAGCCUUGACCCGCCGAUCAAACAAGGCCAGACGCGGUAUCACUUUCUCAUUCUACUUUUCAACCGAGAUGAGGAAACCACCGUCGAGCUCGCCCUUUCAGAAAGCGAAAUUAAAGAAAAGUACGAAGGAAAGCUGAGCAAAUCAAUGUCUGGACCGUUGUACGACACUGUCACCAGGCUAAUGCGAGUGCUGAUCCAGCGAAAGAUCACCACGCCUGACCCUACAUUCGUCAACUCUGCUCGAGAUAUCCCAGCGGUCAGCUGCUCGUACCGAGCCUCAAACGGCAUGAUGUACCCACUGGAGCGUGGUUUCAUUUACCUACACAAACCGCCUGUUCACAUUCGAUUUGACGAAAUUCAGUCGAUCAACUUUGCUCGAUCUGGUGGCUCCACGCGUUCUUUCGAUUUUGAAAUUGAAACCAAAGCCGGUGUGGUGCACACCUUCAGUUCCAUUGAAAAGGAGGAGUACUCAAAGCUCUACGACUUUGUCUCCACUAAAGGCCUGCGCGUGAAGAACGUCGGCACUGAGGGCGACAAGAAGAAGAAGAGUUUCAAGGAUGAUGACCUAGUUGACUCGGACAUGGACGACGAUGAGCCUGAUGCCUAUCUGCAGCGAGUCCGAGAGGAGGGCCGUGUUCGCGAAGAGCUGGGCGACUCGGACGAGAGUGACGAUGAUUUCAAUCCGGGCGCCGAAGAGGAAGACGUGGCAGAGGAGUUUGACUCUGAAGUGGAUGAUUCAUCGGACUCGUCUGGCGGCGGCAGCGACUCUGAGGGCGAGAAGAAGCACAAGAAGAAACACAAGGAGAAAAAGGUCAAAAAGGCCAAGAGUAGUGAAAAGAAAAAGAAAAAGAGCAGCAAAGACGACGACGGAAAGCCAAAGAAGCCCUCAACGGCCUACUUCAUUUGGAUGAAGGAAGCCCGUGACCAGAUCAAAAAGGACAAUCCAGGUUUGGGGGUGACGGACAUUGCCAAGAAGGCCGGAGAGCUGUGGAAGGAAGUCAAAGAUAAGGCCAAGUACGAGGAGUUGGCGGCAAAGGAGCGGAAGAACUACGAAAAGUUGCUUUCCGAGUGGAAGGCCAACGGCGGCGGUGCGUCUACCUCAAAGGCAUCUUCCUCUUCCUCCUCGUCAAAGUCGAAAGCCAAGAAGUCGUCAGACUCGAAAAAAUCGUCCGGCUCGCCCACCAAAAGUCAGAGUGGCUUUAAGAGCAAGGAGUACAUUGAGUCGGAUGAUAGUUCCUCGAGUUCCUCUUCUGAUGAGGGUGAUUCGCAAAAGAAAAAGAAAUCGAAGGAAAAGCCCAAAGAGAAGCCUAAAGCCACAAAGAGAAAGCGCAGCGACAGCAGCGACAAUGACAGUGACUCUUCCAAGGGCAAAGGAAAAGGCUCCGAGUCUGAGGAGAUUCUUUCGUCGCCGACUGCAUCUAGCGCAUCCGAUUCUGACUAG